AGAGAGAGACUCACGUUAGAAGCCUCCUGUACGAGUCUCUGCUCCGUGUAGAGGAUGUGUUUGAUACAUCGCACCAGCUCCAUCGGACACGGCUCAUACGUGCUCUAAACAAAACAAAAAAGACAGACAGACAGCACAUGUUAAAGAGUUAGACAGGCUGACAGACAGACAGACAGACAGCACAUGUUAAAGAGUUAGACAGGCUGACAGACAGACAGACAGCACAUGUUAAAGAGUUAGACAGGCUGACAGACAGACAGACAGACAGCACAUGUUAAAGAGUUAGACAGACUGACAGACAGACAGACAGACAGCACAUGUUAAAGAGUUAGACAGGCUGACAGACAGACAGACAGACAGCACAUGUUAAAGAGUUAGACAGGCUGACAGACAGACAGACAGACAUAUAAAGAGCAGAUUAAAAAAGACAGAUAGACUGAGAAAGCAAAUAAAAAGAGAGGUAGAUGGAGACCAACAGAUGGACGGAAAGACAAGGAGACUGAUAUACAGACAGACAGGUGUGUGAGUGUGUGUGAGUGUGAGAGUGUGUGUGAUGAAGCGAAUGGGAAGCAGUGAGUGUGUAAAAUAAAUGUUAAAAGUUUUUGAUGUGAAGUUGUGUGUUGCAUGAGUGUGUAUGACUGGCUGUCGUUUUUUGAUGACAUCAUCGUGCGUGCGUGCGUGCGUGCGUGCGUGCGUGUGUGUGUGUGUGUGUGUGUGCCCGCGUGUUACCUUCAGCUGCGUGGAGUAAUGUCCCAGUUUGAUCUUGAGCAGGAAGCCAUCCUCCCCCAUCUGAUGCUCCGCCUUCUUCUGCAGCUCUUGGAUCAGACUGUCCAAUAGACGCUUCGCCUUAAACUCCUCCUGCUGCUUCUCUAUGUCUAUGGCAUCCCUGUACACACACAUACAUAUUCAGCAUGGCCGACUCCGAGGGAAAGUUCUGUUUCGCCAUCGACCGCGGCGGAACCUUCACCGACGUGUUCGCUCGUCUGCCGGACGGUGAAGAGCGAGUGAUGAAGCUCCUCUCGCACGACCCGCAGAACUACAGAGACGCGCCGACCGAGGGCAUCCGCCGCAUACUGGAGCAGGAAACAGGAAGGAGUUUUCCCCGCGACGAGCCUCUGGACUCGUCUCUGAUUGGCUGGAUCCGCAUGGGUACGACGGUGGCGACCAACGCGCUGUUAGAGCGGCAGGGAGAACAGAUGGCGCUCGCCGUGACCCGCGGCUUCAAACACCUGCUGCACAUCGGCACACAGGCUCGACCCGAUCUCUUCGACCUGGAAGUACGUGUGCCCGAUGUGCUGUACGAAGACGUCGUCGAAGUGGACGAAAGAGUCGUCCUGAAGCAAGAUGGCUGCCGUCUACCGAGCGAAGAACCUAAGCGGGUCGUCGCAGGUAGUACAGGUGAGAGUUUGGAGGUGUGGACUGAGUUGGACCUUCAGUGUGUGGAGAGAGAUCUUAAAGCUGUGCUUUCUCGGGGAAUCACCAGCCUUGCCGUGCUGCUGCUGCACUCAUACAUAUACCCGGAUCACGAGCAGGCGCUGGGCUCUCUGGCUCGCCGGCUCGGGUUCACUCAGGUGUCUCUAUCGAGCGAGGUGAUGCCGAUGAUCAGAGCCGUGCCUCGUGGCUACACCGUGUGUGUGGACGCCUACCUCACACCCAAAAUUCACCAGUACGUCAAUGCCUUCACGUCCGGCUUCAAGGGACGACUUGCUGGUGUGGACGUGCUGUUCAUGCAAUCGGACGGAGGUUUGACUCCUAUGGAUCAGUUCUGCGGUUCUCGGGCAGUUCUGUCCGGCCCAGCUGGAGGAGUCGUGGGUUACGCCCUGACCGCGCACGCUGACACACACCACACACCCGUCAUCGGCUUCGACAUGGGAGGUACUUCUACAGACGUGAGUCGCUAUGCUGGUCAGUAUGAACACGUUUUUGAGUCUACAACAGCCGGAGUCACGUUGCAGGCGCCUCAGCUGGACAUCAACACCGUCGCAGCGGGAGGAGGAUCUCGACUUUUCUUCAGGUCUGGGAUGUUUGUCGUGGGUCCUGAGUCAGCUGGCGCUCAUCCUGGUCCAGCUUGCUAUCAAAAAGGGGGUCCUCUCACAGUCACAGAUGCUAAUUUAGCUCUUGGCCGUCUGCUCCCUUCGUUUUUCCCUCACAUCUUUGGUCCUGGAGAGAACGAGCCUCUCUCCAUAGAUGAAUCCAUGACCCAUUUCCAGAAGCUCACCAAAGAGAUCAACCACUUCCUCUCGACCAGCCAGUUACAAUGCGAUGGAGACGGUCGCACAAAUAGUGACGUGUCAAAAAGUUGCAAAGCGGAAAUGAGCUUGGAGGAGGUCGCUAUGGGAUUCAUCAGAGUUGCGAACGAAGCAAUGUGCCGACCAAUCAGAGCACUGACACAGGCGAAGGGCCACGAUACGUCUCGGCACGCGCUGGCGUGUUUCGGAGGAGCAGGCGGGCAACACGCGUGCGCCAUCGCACGAGCGCUGGGCAUGAAAACCAUCUACAUACACAAGUACAGCGGUGUGUUAUCAGCGUAUGGUUUGGCUCUAGCGGACGUUGUAGAGGAGGUUCAGGAGCCGUGUUCUCUUCAGUAUGACACGCACUCUUACUCCGAGCUCGACUGCCGGAUCCAGCGACUCUCACAGCGCUGCCAUGACACACUGUGCAAACGUGGAUUCAACAGUUCUCAGAUCAGUAUGGAGGUGUUCCUGCACAUGCGUUACGAGGGAACCGACUGCGCUCUCAUGAUCAGCGCCAGCGACGCUCCGGCUCACGCUCAGUCCUGCUGUUCCGGAGACUUCCGUACCGCCUUCACCACACGCUACAUGAAGGAGUUCGGCUUCACCAUCGCCGACAGAGCCAUAACGGUGGACGACGUUCGCGUCCGCGGAUCAGGAAAAUCCGCAGUCAGGACAACGGCCCCGGUUCAAACAGGAAGUCGAACGCCAAAACCGGCACAGACGACCGAGUGUUACUUCGAGGACCGAUAUCUGGAGACGAGCGUGUUCAUGUGGGAGGACCUGUCACGUGACCACAGCGUCGACGGACCCGCGAUCAUCAUCGACAAGAACAGCACCGUCCUGGUGGAACCGGGCUGCUCUGCCCGUCUGACCCCGAGCGGAGACGUGCGUAUCGCCGUGGGAACGGACAGCAGGUGCGUGCUGGGGACGGAGCUGAAUGCAGUGCAGCUGUCCAUCUUCUCUCAUCGCUUCAUGAGCAUCGCAGAGCAGAUGGGCCGUGUGUUACAGAGGACCUCCAUCUCCACCAACAUUAAGGAGCGGCUGGAUUUCUCCUGCGCUGUGUUUGGACCUGAUGGAGGUCUGGUAUCGAACGCUCCUCACAUUCCUGUUCACCUGGGAGCCAUGCAGGAGACUGUGCAGUAUCAGGUGUGUGUGUACACACACACACACACAGUUGAUGGGAAUCAGAAAAACUCUCACACUGAGUUGAAGGCGAUAGGCAGCAGUCUGAAGGAGGGAGAUGUGAUAUUGAGUAAUCACCCAUGUGCUGGAGGAAGCCACCUGCCCGACCUGACCGUCAUCACACCGGUGUUCCGUCAGGGUGUGAGUGGCCCGGUGUUUUUCGUGGCCAGCAGGGGGCAUCACGCUGAUAUCGGGGGCAUCACUCCAGGCUCCAUGCCCCCUCACUCCACCUGUCUCCAGCAGGAGGGGGCGGUCUUCACCUCCUUCAAACUGGUCACGGAGGGAGUCUUCCAGGAGCAGGCGGUGAGCGAGGCUCUCCUGGCUCCCGCUUGUUACCCAGGAUGCUCCGGGACACGCAAUCUCCAUGACAACCUGUCAGACCUGAGAGCGCAGGUUGCGGCCAAUCAGAGAGGGAGUCAGCUGGUGGCGGAGCUGAUCGACACCUACGGACUGGAUGUGGUGCAGGCGUACAUGGGAUACAUUCAGAGUAAUGCAGAACUGGCAGUCAGAGACAUGCUGAGAGAAUUUGUGCGGCGGCGGCGUGAGCAGAGCGGCCCGUUAGACGUGGAAGCUGAAGAUCAGAUGGAUGAUGGAACACAGAUUAAACUCCGCGUGCAGAUAAACGAACAGGAGGGCAGCGCUGUGUUUGAUUUCUCAGGUUCGGGUCCGGAGGUGUGGGGGAACUGUAACGCCCCUCGUGCCAUCACUCUCUCCGCUCUCAUUUACUGCCUGCGCUGCAUGGUGGGACAGGACAUCCCUCUCAACCAGGGCUGUCUGACCCCCAUCGAAGUCAUCAUCCCUGCCGGCUCCAUCCUGCAGCCUUCCCAGAAUGCCGCAGUGGUCGGAGGAAACGUGCUGACAUCACAGCGGGUCGUGGACGUCAUCUUCCGGGCGUUCGAAGUGUGUGCCGCGUCACAGGGCUGUAUGAACAACAUCACAUUCGGCAAUGAGAAGUGUAGCUACUACGAAACAGUUGGGGGCGGAGCAGGGGCGGGGCCAGGCUGGAACGGGCGGAGCGGGGUCCAUAGUCACAUGACCAACACGCGCAUCACAGACCCAGAGAUUCUGGAGAAGAGGUAUCCGGUGGUGUUGGAGCAGUUCUCUCUGCGGGCCGGCUCUGGAGGUGGGGGUCAGUAUCACGGUGGUGAUGGUGUGAUCCGGAAGCUUCUCUUCAGAGAUGAAGUGAUUCUGUCAGUGCUGACGGAGAGACGCUCGACACGGCCGUACGGCCUGCAUGGAGGACGAAGUGGAACAGCUGGACUGAAUCUGCUACAGCGAGCUGAUGGACGAGUGAUCAACCUGGGAGCAAAGACCUCAGUCAGCCUCCAGCCUGGGGACAGGUUUGUUCUCCACACCCCUGGAGGAGGGGGUUAUGGUCCAGAGGAAGAGGAGCACUCAUCCUCUAAGCGGCGCUGUUUAACCCGAGUGUUUGCCGAGAGAGGGAGCGUGUACGAGUAUCGCCGAGCUCAAGAGAGCGCCUGACCACCGUGUGACUACAAUCCUGUGUUUCUGUCCACGCCAUAGUCCACAAACGUGUCUGUAUUAUUAUUAUUAUUAUUUAUAAUAAUAAUAAUGCCACAUUCGACAAGUUAAACAAGAAGAUUCCUCACACUUUCAUUACAACACUAAUAUAUACAUAAAUAAAUAUAUAAUAUAAAAUCAUUGAUUUUAUAUGUUGUUUAUUUUAAAAAGCUCGUAUUUGUAGGUUUUAACCGUGGACACGUUUUUGCCCGUCAUCGCUACCUGAUCUGCAUUCCUUGCCUAAUUUGAUUAAGUAACCAAAUGCAAUGAUCUUCCACCAUCAUAAAAUUCUAACAGCGCCCCCUGCAGUACCGGAGCACGCAUCUGCAAUGAGGGAAGGAUUAAAUGUAACUAUAAGUAGAUAAAAAGCAUUCCUGUGCACUGGACCAGAUACAGUACUGUUACUCGCCCGGUCACUUUAAAACUUUAUUAAAAUGGUGAAAUAAAGACGGGCGUCACCGUGUCUUUUGUUUUUUUAAUAAACAGUUCUAACUUUUUAAUAGCUACACAUUUAAAGAUUUGGGAAAAUCGUUCGGUCUUCUCUGCUUCUUCCGGAUCCAGAACUGAAUAAAAAGCUAUAUUAUAUACCGCUGCAUUUAUUUAUUAUUGAAUAUUUUUUUGAUGUUUCACGUGUUUUAAAGGUGUAUUUGUGCAUUAAUGCGUGAUCGAGGCAGCGAAUAAAGCCGGAGCGCUGAAGCGCGAACCUUUCACAGUGAUGUGGAGAUGAGGUUUAUCUGUAAAGAAGAGCAGAGCCAGGAGGAAAGAGGACGGAGGGGUGUAAAACAGAGAGACAGGAGAGUGAGACACAGCGGGAGGAAGACGGCUCACUGAUCAAAGACUCCAAACCAUAUCAGCUUUUUCAGCAAUUAACAUGAUACUCUGCUAGAUAUCCGCUUCCUGUUCGACAAAGAGUGCACGAUAUAGGGGGUAGGGGUUCUUACUGGUUGCUUAUUAGAUGUUUUUAUUACACAUUGCGGCGUAGGGGUCAUUAACAGCUCAGUAGAAGACACAUAGUGCACUAGAUAGGGAGUAGACACCAUUGAUGGCAGACUAUUUUUAAUGUAGUACACUAAAUAAGAUGUAUAGGACGUUACUAUCAGCCAUAUAGUGCACUAGUUGCAGUGUCGAAUUUAUUAAGGGCUCAGUAUGAGUCUCAUAGUACACUAGGUAGGGUAUAGAGGGUUACUAUCUAUACUAUCGGGUAUAUAGCACACUAGUU